UUUUGGCCGAAGACUGGGUCGCCCGGUCGGUGGAGGAGGAGGAAAUUGGCAGCCGAUAAACUCACCCCCGGUCAACCUCAUCUCCUUCUCCUCUUCAGACCCAGGACAAGCCCCAUCGAUCGAUCGAGAGAGACACAGAGACAGAGAGAGAGAGAGGAAUCAAACAAUCGAGCAACCAUGAACAUAUUCAGGCUAGCAGGGGACAUGACCCACCUCCUCAGCAUAGUCGUCCUCCUUCUCAAGAUUCGCACCACCAAGUCCUGUGCCGGUAUUUCGCUCAAGACUCAAGAACUGUAUGUCAUCGUCUUCUUCGCGCGCUACCUCGAUUUGUUCACGAGGUACGUGUCUUUCUACAACACUGUAAUGAAGCUCUUCUUUAUUGGGACUUCGGUUGCCAUAGUCUGGUACAUGAGGUACCAUAAAGUAGUGAAGCAGACUUAUUCCCGGGAAGAAGAUACGUUCAAACAUUAUGUGCUGAUCCUCCUGUGCUUCAUUCUGGCAAUCUUGAUUCCCCUUGAAUUCACCGGGAUUGAGAUUCUCUGGACAUAUUCGAUAUAUCUCGAAGCAGUGGCAAUCUUGCCGCAACUGGUGUUACUGCAGAGGUCAAGGAACGUCGACAACUUAACAGGAAGAUACGUCUUUCUUCUUGGUGCCUAUCGAGCCUUGUAUCUUGUUAACUGGGUAUUUCGUUUCUUCACGGAGACGCACAAAAUACGCUGGAUUCCUUGGGUGUCGGGCCUUGUUCAGACGGCCCUUUAUGUGGACUUCUUUUACUAUUACAUUAAAAGUUGGAAAAAUCAUGAGAAGUUGAAGCUUCCCGCGUGAAGCGCACCUUCCUUGGAUGAGAGUGGACGGAGGAAGCCAAUACAAAUCGUGGAGGCAAAAAUUAUAAGCUGAGCAGGACACAUAACCUUUUCUCUCUUACAAUGGCUCUACUUUGAUCGCUCAAAUGGAUGACGAGCGCUGUGGUCUGAAAACUUGAUGGUGUGUUUUCCUAGUCUUUAGCCAUAGUUAUCGACUUGUAGGACUAGCAAUGUAAGUAUCUUUUUCUCUUAAAUUUAGGGAAGUGUCAUCCCGUGUCCCUCCCGGCUACAUUGAGGAGGCUUCUGUUACCGACUGAUUUUACCUGGCGAAUUGCUCUCUUUGAUAUCA